AUAGGUAGUAACUGGAAUACGAGUACUAUCCGAGUGUCAUUGAAUAAAUUUGUACAUCUACACCUUAUGUAUCCAGGUCUCCGUAAAUAUCACGGGUAAAUAGAUGGCGUGUAGAAGAUAAGUAUUAUCCAAUUCCACUGAAUAAAUUUGUACAUCGGACAUUUUCAUCUACGCGAUAAAAGUCGAUAUAAAAGUGGACCAGUGACCCAUAAAAGUUUAAUAUCAACUGGAAAAUUGAUCCCUUUCGACGUCCACGAGUGCCUUUUGUGUUGCCAGCAGCAUUAGUAGUGGAAAAUUUUAUACCAACGAGAAGACACGAGAUAUCGUAUUUACCAUAUCAUUGUAAACUCUCGUAUGUUAUACAAUAAGACCCUAACAACGCGAGAGAUUGCACGUUAUAUGGAUUUCGCGUUGCACGAAAUCAAAAGAGUAAAAUGCUAAGAUUGAAUAAAUCUUGAAUUGAAUAUUAUAGAACUCACGAGUUAUAAGAGAACUUAUUACACUCGCGCACGGUUACCUUAGCGCUGAAUAAUUGAUUAUAAAUUAAUAUCGAUGCACAAAUGAGACGCACGUGCAGGAAAGUCUGUUCAAAGAGCGCGCAAAACAGGCUGUUGAUUAAGAACGGCAAGGUGGUGAACGACGAUGUGAUCACGGACAACGACGUCUACAUCGAAGACGGUAUCAUUAAGCAAAUGGGCCGCAAUCUGAUAAUACCAGGCGGCACGAGGACCAUCGACGCCCGUGGAAAGUUCGUGAUGCCCGGUGGCAUAGAUCCGCACACCCAUUUCGAAUUGGAGAUGAUGGGCGCCAAGUCGGUCGACGAUUUCUACCAGGGCACCAAAGCAGCUGUUGCAGGUGGAACGACGAUGAUCAUCGAUUUCGUCAUCCCCAACAAGGAUGAAUCUCUUUUGGAAGCGUACGAGAGGUACCGGGAGUCCGCCGAUCAGAAAGUCUGCUGCGAUUACUCGCUUCACGUCGCUGUUACAUCUUGGAACCCAAAAGUGAAAGAGGAGAUGGCCACUUUGGUGAAGAAUCACGGUAUUAAUAGCUUUAAGAUGUUCAUGGCCUAUCGCGACAUGUUUAUGCUGAGGGACCCAGAAUUAAUUGAGACGUUUAAAACAUGCAAGGAACUCGGUGCCAUUGCCAUGGUUCAUGCGGAAAAUGGCGAUAUUAUUGCGGAGAACACGAGACGAUUGCUCGAAGCCGGAGUCACGGGGCCGGAAGGUCACGAAAUGUCCCGUCCCGAGGAAGUGGAAGCGGAGGCUGUGAAUAGGGCGUGUGUUAUAGCUAGUCAGGUCAAUUGUCCACUGUAUAUAGUGCAUGUGAUGAGUCGUAGCGCCGCAGAAGCGGUGGAUGCUGCGCGUAAGCGUGAUGCUUGCGUCUUCGGCGAGACCUUGGCAGCCGCAAUUGGCACAGAUGGUACCAACUACGCACACAAAUGCUGGAAACACGCUGCAGCGCAUGUUUUGAGCCCACCUCUAAGACCAGACCCAGACACACCGUUUGCGUUGCUGCAAAUGUUGGCCAAUGAUUGCCUCCAAGUCACCGCUAGCGACAACUGCACCUUCAGCGCUGAACAGAAGGCUCUGGGUAAGGAUGAUUUCUCGAAGAUACCCAACGGUGUGAACGGCGUUGAGGAUAGGAUGUCUGUCGUCUGGGAAAAGGGAGUGCACGCCGGAAUAAUGGAUCCUACGAGGUUCGUCGCUGUGACCAGCGCCAAUGCCGCGAGGAUCUUCAACCUGUAUCCGCGAAAGGGAGUGAUAGCGGUCGGCUCAGACGCCGAUAUAGUUGUCUGGGACCCCAACAGGAAGCGUACGAUUUCCGCUGAGACACACGUUCAGGCCGUUGACUUUAACAUCUUCGAAGGCAUGGAAGUUCACGGUGUACCGGAGUACGUUAUAGUGGAGGGCCGUGUCUGCGUGGACGAGUGUGAACUGAAGGUUGUCCAUGGCUUUGGAAAGUUCGUCGAGACCCCGAGUCAUGCAGAGUAUGUGUACAGUAUGAUCGAAGAAGGAGAAAAGAGACCACGUGGUGUAGCGCGAACUGAAGCUGAGGCGAAGAAGUACGCCGAAGAGGACGCCGCUAUCGCUAAGGCCAAAGAGGAAGCAAGAGCGGCAGCCGCGGCGCUUGGGAAGAGUCAUCAAACGAACGGCACUUACGAAAGUCCGAAACCGAAAAUGACAAUGCCUGAUUGCGUGCCAACACUGCCAGAUUCUGCUGUGGUUACACCAUCGUCGAAGGGUCCACGAUUGGAGGGACAGAGAAAUUUACAGGACUCCACUUUCUCUAUCAGCGAGGAUGUCGAGGAAGCAAGAAGAGCUUGCAUCCGCGUGAACAAUCCACCUGGUGGUCGCAGUGCGGGAGGUUUUUGGUAAUUUAUGAAAGACAGAAUCAAGGUCUGCUUUGCAUAUAGGGAUUUUUUCUUACAGAGAAAAUAGGAACGAAAUCCUUCUUCUUUCAUCACCUUUCUUUCAUUCGCGUAUACAAAAUCACAGCUGCAUUUUCCUUCUCGUUUUUACGUGAUAGUUCUCUAUCAGUCCGCUUCCAGGUUCGCUAUUCACUCAACCAUUAACGAUAAGUUUCGUUUUCAAUUUAUAUGUUCCCAUCGAUUAAGGUCUGUUCCAUCAAAGGAGGAUUCGGAUGCCACCGGUCAGUAGAGUGUACGUUCGUAUUUUCAUGUAUCACACUAUUUUUCGCUUCAUUAUCGCUUCAUUGCCCGCUCUCUGUGUACCGUACGCUUCAUUCUUUGACCUUGGAUCGUUCACGCGUUUUGAUGGUUCGCACUUAAUUCGCAUCAUCGACAAAACGUUGCUCUUCGUGCAAUAGAUAUAUCUGUUGAGUUUCUAGUCGAUCAAAGGUUUAUUUUACCGUUCCUCGUGGAUACCUUUAUCGAGCGUUGCAACUCACCUCUUCUGUUUUGUAUAAUAUGUUAUUUUACUAUGUAGUAUACGGAAUAACGGAAUUACG